AUGGUGCUGUGUGCUGCUGAAAUACCAAAAUCGUUGUUUCUUUGUUUACAGAUUGCAGAAGGGAUGGCGUACAUAGAAAGAAAAAAUUAUAUUCAUCGAGAUUUGAGAGCAGCGAAUGUUCUGGUUUCAGACUUACUGAUGUGCAAAAUUGCUGAUUUUGGACUAGCAAGAGUCAUCGAAGACAAUGAAUAUACAGCAAGGGAAGGUGCAAAAUUCCCUAUUAAAUGGACGGCACCAGAGGCGAUUAACUACGGCUCUUUCACUAUUAAAUCUGAUGUGUGGUCAUUUGGGAUUCUCCUGUACGAAAUUGUUACAUAUGGAAAGAUUCCUUAUCCAGGUAUGAGCAAUUCAGAUGUGAUGGUCGCUCUUCAGCGCGGGUACCGAAUGCCACGCAUGGAAACGUGUCCAGCUGAGCUUUACGAUAUCAUGAAAACAUGCUGGAAAGACAAAGCAGAAGAGAGGCCAACAUUUGAUUAUCUACAGAGUGUGCUUGAUGACUUCUACACAGCAACAGAAGGGCAAUAUCAACAACAGCCAUAG